UGUUCCUCAAUUUUUCAGUCUAUUUCAAACCGUUGUCCAGAAAGUACGCGAGUCGACCGUCGAAAAACGUUCUGUCUUCCCUUCGGAUUGUGCCUAAUUUUGUCCCUAAAUGAGUGCAAAUCUGCCCUGAAACUGCCGCGGAGUCCUAUUUGUGGUCUAUGGUAUUCAUAUUUUCACAUCUAGCUCAGAAUGUGUUGAAAAUGUCUGCAAAAGUAGAAACUGUGUCUCAGCGAGAAACUCGGGCUGGGCGCCGAGCGGAGAAAAAGGAAGAGAAGCAUGUGCCCAAAGGCGGAGGAAGAAAGCCCAAGUUUGAAAAUGAGAAUCGACACCAUAAGCAUGGCCGGAAGCGAAGCCAAAGUUUCUCUGCCGGCGGAAAUAAUAAAUUCUUGCCCCCAUACAAGAAGCGUAAAAAAGACUGCCUCCAUACCCAAAAUUUCGCUCCACCCACCAAGUUCUUACUGGGCGGAAAUAUAUGUGAUCCUCUCAACCUGAAUAGUCUCCAGGAUGAAGAAAUCAACAAGGCAAUGAAUGCCGUGACACCAAAGUCAUCACCGUUACCAACCCCAAAACGUCGGCGACCUGAAGUGGAAGCUGUAGUUCCACAAUUUAGUGAUGAUGCAUAUUUAAUGUCCGGUGAAGAUGAGGCUGAGUAUGAAGCCCAAUUAAAUAUAUCACCAAUCAAGCGGAUAUCCAGGAGAAAAAAGAAAAGGCCUCACAAAAAGUCAAAUUCCUCUAGCAGCCUGACUGCUCUUAGGACUAACAUUUCAAAUGGUGAAAAUUUGAGUAAAUCUGAUUCAGAGACCAUCAGUCCAACUGCAACCUCUGGUCCUUUUAUCGUUCCAAGACCGGUCGCUCAGCGAGCAGAGACAGUUCCAAAGGAUACUCCCGACAAAGAAAUCGAGGCAGCCAGAUUAGUUACUGAUGACCAAGGUGCUAAAGCUGAAAAGCAGGACUCCACUGAAUGUUGUGACGUUGCCUCGCAAAAUGUAAAGAACAAAGAAGAAGUAGCAACGGUUAAAGAAGAAAUCACCCCAACUCCUCGAGAAGAGUUCAUAGUGCCUCAUCAUCCUCCUCCGAGAGAUCAUCUGCGAUUGUCGAUGGAAUCACAACCCCAUGAUAGUGCUGAAAAAGGGUGGAAGUCUGAUAUUAAAGAUAAAAUAGUUAGUCCUGUUGUACCACAGCCGAGGAUCACUGCCUCAAAAUUUCGACAUAUGCCUGGAAUUAGGGUAGAGAAAGUAGCCAAAGGACAAAAAACACCAAAAUUUAAUGAUAAGAAUGCCAGGUUUCACUAUGGAAAUUACAAUCGGUAUUACGGGUAUCGCAACCCUCAUUUUGAAACAGAUCCACGAAUCAAGUGUUUCACUAAGCGAAGAGAACUAUUUUUUGAUAAAGAUGUUCUAGACAUCGGCUGUAACAUUGGACACAUAACUUUAACUAUUGCUCGUGAUUUUGGUGCACGCAGUAUUGUAGGCUUAGACAUAGAUAAAAAAUUGAUUCAAGUUGCAAGGACUAAUAUCAAACAUUACAUCAAUUGUGUUAAUUCGCCAUCUAAUCCUCAUUUCACUCCGGAGAGAAACGAAAGCAUACCAUCUGAAUCUACUUCUGCUGCUCCUGUUUCUUCAACCGCUUCUUCUACCACUCCUUUGGAAGCAGGACCAUCUACAUCUACAGCCCCACCAGAGCUGUCAACCAAACAAGAAACAACCAACUUCUUUCCAAUCUCAAUGCCUAUCAUUUACGGUCCUCUGCAAGUGCCAGGGACGUCAUCGAGUCAUCGAAAAGGAUUCCCUCAUAAUGUCUCUUUUGUUCAGGGUAAUUAUGUGCUGGAUUCUGAUGUGCUGGUCUCGAUGGAGCAGCCUCAAUUUGAUGUUAUUCUAUGCCUUAGUAUAACCAAGUGGAUACAACUGAACUGGGGCGACGCAGGCUUGAAACGGGCCUUUAAACGAAUGUUUGCGCAACUGAGGCCUGGUGGUGUAUUAAUACUCGAACCUCAGUCUUGGCCUUCAUAUAAGAAAAAACGAAAUUUCACCGAAACUAUGUGGAAAAACUAUAAAGAAGUAAAAUUCUUUCCUCACCAGUAUUCUACUUACCUUCUUUCAGUAGUAGGCUUCAGUAAAUGUGAAGUUAUGGCAACUCCUCUACAUCAAUCAAAAGGCUUUCAAAGGCCCAUCAAAGUUUAUACCAAAGCUAUCACCGCUCCCCUUCUUCCGCCUGUAACUUCAAGCACAGGGAGUGAGAACAGUUCAAUGCAAGUGGGAGAGAAGCCAGGAACUACAGAAAAUACAGACAAAACGGCAAAUGCCUCCUGAAAUCCCCCAAGAUUCAAGUCAGUCCGUUUUUAAUCUUUGCAUGCCAUGCAUCACUGCUCUUAAAAAUGGACCAUAAGAAAUUGAGGAUUAGAUUGAAUCUUAAUCUUUUCAAUUUCUUCGUGUUUUGUACAUAAGUUCUCUUGUGAUUACUUUGUUUUCUUUCUUGUAUUUGUAGCUUUUCUCCUUUCGUUCUUUGCACAUAUGUUUUCUUCCAUUCAGCUGUGAACCUAUUUUUAUUAUUUAAUGAAAAGACUUUGGAGCCAAGUGAUUUGCCCGGGCUUUUAAAUUCCUAUAUGCUUUGCAUAAUUUUUUACUGUGGGUAAGAAAAUGGACUGUGUCAGUUCUAGAGGGCAAUUUUUUCAACAAAGCAAUUUUUAUCAAGUUGAAAAGUAGGUGUUUGGGAUGAUGUUUACCAGUAUCUUUAAGUUGCAACAAGCAGUUUCAUUUAUUUUUUUCAUCUUAGAUAGUACUUGAAUGAAUUUUAUCUCCCCCUGUUUGAGCUCGAGGAAAAAAUUGUUCCUCAAUGUAAUGUGUUCGGUCAUUCUGCAUACCCUCGAGUUCUUUUGAAAUUCCCUCAGCAAUAAAUGAGAGUGCUGAGUAUGUCUUUGGUAAUGAACCCAAUUGCACAAACUUGAACUGAGAAAGGGAAGGAUGCUCAGUCUAGCAUGAAGUUUUGCUGUUAAUCCAAAUAAUUUUGACUGCAAAUGGACUUGUUCCAAAAAUGCAUAACUCCAUAGCACUCCCUAUUUUCAACUUUCCACUGAUUUUACAGAGAAUAAAAAAGUUCUCACUAUUGAUUAUUCCCAUCAGCUGUCCCUUCAUCUUCCUUUCAAUUUGUCUAAAAAUAUCAAGAGGAUAAAAACUGGAGGGAGCACAGUUAUAAUGAGGAAGUAAAGAAUGUGUAAUCGUCGUAAAAACAAUGCGUCAAAACUUACAUCUGUGUUUAACGAUUCUAAUGUUCUGAAAUUUACUUUAAUACUUUAUAACGCCACUUUGGUUAGGUUGUCAAGUUAGAUAAUCACCAAGUUUUCCUUCUUGAAGAGGUAUCAGUAACCUAAUUUGGACUAUCUAUUUUCUAAGGUGCCUUGCCCUAGGAAGGACCACAUUUUAAGAUUCAAUAAGAGCUGACAAUCAGUGGUGAAUCAUGUGAGUUCCUUACAGUCAUAGCAUACGUUUUAUUUGAAAAUUACUCUGUCUUUAUACAAAAUUAUUCAUGGUUUCAAGGCUCUCAGACACAUCAAUUGCCCCUUAACAGGUGUUUCAACUGUGAUGCGUUUUGUUAUUGUUUAGUAGUUACAGUUAAAGUAGUCAUUAAAACGGAAACUUUUUGUCCGCAAGUGAGCGGAUACAGAGGGUUUUAUCUGUAUCUUGAAACAAAUAGACACUGUGAUUUAUUUUGAUAAAAUUUAAUAGAUAAGUAGUCAGAAAUAUAUUAACUUCAAUUGCUCUAUGACCUACUCGACCAAACAAAUGAUUAUAAUAAUGUAUGAAAGAAUUUCGAAGAUGGUUGCUUUUUCUGAGGUUUGUUUUGACGGUGAGUCAAUUAUUAUGUCAAGCAGUAGGCAAAUCCUCAAAAUGAGCCCCUGUUACAGAUAUGCCAAACGCUAUCCUUGAGGCUCAGUUAAUUGCUUGGCUCAACAUUUUUCUCUCCUUCGAAUAUGCUUUCACAACACAUUUCAUAAUUUUGGUCCCACGCACUUAUGCUUCAAUUUAUAAGAAUAAAUAAUUUUCUCAAUAAACAACUCAUUACUUUUGAUUCAAUCGCAAUACUUACUUUAUGACUGUUUAUUAAUUCAAUUUUUGUAAAUUUACUUCGUAAGUUUUAACUGUUAAAUCAUAUUUAAGUAAAUUUAAUGUCUCUAAGUUCCAGCAGUAUGGAAUAUUAAGGUGAGGAUUAAAAAUGCUCAAUGUUGGACAGAACUAUCAGAUAAUUUCUUUUCUAAAAGAGGUGUUUCCAGAUUUCAACUCCAUUCUUUCGAAUUAGAAAUCAUUUGAUUAUUUGCAAAUUAUGAUAUACUAAAAUUCUAUCUUUCAAAUAGAAUCUCAAUGAAUUUCAAGUAUUUAAAAAUGUCCUCAGUCUGAAAAGUUUUCAGCGCAAUAAGUUCUAUUUAUGGAGAUAAUUUCAUUGUAAAGGCAAUCUAACUUCAUCAGUUAAUUUAUGACCAGCAAUCAUUUGAUUUUGUACAACAUUUCUGUCCGAUUAAGUCUUAUUCUAUUGAAAACUCAGGGUGAUUUCAUAAAAAAACUAGGUCCUGAAACCCAGGGGGGUCAGUCUUUGAAACUUAAUAUUUGAAGAGAAUGUCUUUCACCUUGAGACUAAAAAAAUUCAAGUUUUACAGUUUGAUAUCAUUGUUUCAAAGAACAUUUUUUAAUGCUGCACCAAGAUUUUGAACAAAAUCUCACUCAAGGUGUCUUCGUGUGAAAAUACUGUAAUUAACGAGUGAUUUAGUCUAUAAAAUCAUGAACCGAGAAUCUGAUGCAAUUUAGUUUUGCAUGCCUCAUCAGUGCUCUUUCCUUGUCCUGAAAUUUUCAAGUGAUCUUGCAGUCUUUAUAAUACUUGGUAUUGUUUUCGUAAGGAUGUAAGGAUAAACUUAGUUUUUAUUAUCCGACAAGUUAGAGCUGUGCUUUAUCAUCAAACUGUAUUACGCAAGAAUUAUUAGAUUGAAAUACUCUAUUUCAUUUGUUUUAAUCAUAAAAUGUAAGUGAAUGAAGCAAUUAUGUAGACAUACUCUUCAAAGCAACUACCCACAACUUUUUUUUUUCACCGUUUUCUUUUGUUGAUACAUAUAUCACUGUAUGCCAUGGAUUCAUUUGUCAAUGAUCCUCAUUCUUCUUGAUUUUCAAUGAAUUUGCAAAUUGUCGCUCAUUUGAGUAGUUAACGAUUUUACUUAUUGUAAUCAGAUGGACUGGAGCAAAACAGUCACAUCUGCAUUGCGGUGUUUCAAAAUCUUAUAUCAAUUUUAAAUUCUUGAAAGUAAACCAACCAACAUCCACACCAGAAAAUCUUUGCAAUUCUUCUUGCCUCUAAGAAGAUUCUUUCCAUGAUUAAGUUUCAUAGUUUCCUUCCAUAAAAUUGAAAUAGGAGAUAAGAUCUAUAGUGCAUUGCAGAUGUGACUGUUUUACUCACAUCUGUCCAACUGGAUUAUCAAAUAAGUACUGUAUUCUUAAAAUUUUGUUUUCCAAGGAUAUCUGAAGUUAGUUUUCCUGAAAACGCUCAAAAGCUACUUAUAGGCCAUUUAUUUUUUUUUUAUUCCAUCACUAUUUAGUCCUUUGCAAUUCUAAAUGAUCUUAACUGGGUACCUUCCAAAUGAAGUGAACAUCUCUUUCAAU